AACUCCAACUGCACCAGCCAUGUCCGCCGCGCCGCCCACCGUGCCCCCGGCGGCCACGGCCGCCGACGACGAGAUCCUGUACGAGUCCAUGCCACGCCUCCGCGUCUACAGGAGCCGCGUGGAGCGCUACCUGGUCGGCUCCGAGUUCGUCGCCGUCUCCACCGACGCCGCCACCGGGGUCGCCUCCCGCGACACCGCCAUCUCCCCCAACGUCUCCGCGCGCCUCUACCUCCCCCGCCUGGACGCCGCCGACGGCACGCUCCCUGUCCUCGUCUACUACCACGGUGGCGGGUUCUGCCUCUUCUCCGCCUUCGACUCCACCUACCACGCCUACCUCAACGCCUUCGCCGCCUACGCCAACGUGCUCGUCGUCUCCGUCGAGUACCGCCUCGCACCCGAGCACCCCGUCCCCGCCGCGUACGCGGACUCGUGGGACGCGGUCGCCUGGGUCCUUUCACAGGCCGCCGCCAGCGCCGGCGCCGAGCCGGAUCCGUGGCUCGCCCGCCACGCCGACCUCUCCCUCCUCUACCUCAGCGGCGACAGCGCCGGGGCCAACAUCGCGCACCACAUAGCCAUGCGGGCGGGGGCCAGCGUCCGCGGCCUCGUCCUGGUACACCCUUACUUCCUGGGGAGCGACGAGGUGGGCUCAGACGGCCUGGACCCGGCGAUGCGGGAGCGGCUCGGGAGGCUGUGGCGCGUCGCGUGCCCGGCCGCAGCGGGAGAGGACGACCCGCUCAUCAACCCGCUCGCGGACGGCGCGCCGGGCCUCGAGGCCCUGGCUUGCGGGCGCGUCCUCGUGUGCGUCGCCGGGGCGGACGUGCUCCGCGACCGCGGCCGCGCCUACUACGACCGGCUCGUGAACAGCGGGUGGCGUGGCCAGGCGGAGAUGUGGCAGGCGCCGGGCAAGGGGCACAGGUUCCACCUGCUGGAGCCGGGCUGCGACGAGGCCGCCGCGCAGGACAGGGCCAUCAGCGGCUUCCUCAACCGCUGACUCGCCGGCCACGAGCUCGACAUCGCCGGAAGAGGAAGAAGAGUCAACUGUGUAGCUUCAUCCCCGCAAAAUAAAAAUAAAAAACUGUAACUUCACCGUAUAGUCUGGAAAUAACUGUAGCUUCGUCACCGAGGAAUACUGCUUCGUCUACACUAGCACCACGCUUUGUCGCGUUUUUUUUUACAAGGCAAAAACUUUAUUUCUCAAAUAAUAGCGAGAUCGGAGGUGAUUUAUCAAAUGAUGAGAAAUAAAGUCCGGGAUAGCAUCUUCCCAGAACAUUUGAAUA